AACCCCGUCAGUAUUUAUUUACUUUACUAAAUAUUUAUAUAAAUAAUUAUAAAAUAUGAUAAAUAGUUUACUAGAUAUUAAAGUCUAGUAAUAUUUCAUAUAUAUAUAUAAAAUGAAUAUAAAAAUAAAUAGACUCGGGUAAUGCCAGCAAAAGAAUUUAAACAGAUGGCAUUUGAAGAUUCAGAAGACAAUUGGACUGAUGCUUUGCCGGUUUGCAAGGAAUCUGGUGUUGGAUUUUCAACAAAUCAAAUCUACCGGGAAGAUGGAUAUCGACAAGAAGAUCAUCCUUUUGAAGACAGAUGUUUUCACUGUAAAUAUGACGAGUCGACGUUCGUUUAUGGAAUUUUUGACGGUCAUGAAGGCUCCAGAGCUGCUAACUUCGCUCUGCAGAGAAUGGCAGCUGAAAUCUUGCUGGGACAACUAAAUGGCAAGAGUACCAAUGAAGAAGUAAAAGAAGUUCUCAGACAGGCUUUCAUUGCAGUUGAACGCGGGUACUUUGACUCGAUUGGUGACUUGUUGGCUGAACGAACCAGUUUGAAAUUCGACAUACCUGAGGAAUUGAAUUCGUACGAAGCUUAUCAAAAGUUUCCAGACCUGGUCAACAAAUUGAACAAAUUAAAUCGUGAAUUAUCUGCAGGAACGAGUGCAAUUGUUGCUUUAGUCUUUCGUAAUAGUUUGUAUGUAGCUAAUGUUGGAGAUAGUCGAGCGCUUCUUUGUAAAACAGACAGCAAUCAAGUUCUCAGAGUCGUUCAAUUGAGUAUCGAUCAUGAUUUACGUAAUGAAGAUGAACUUCUACGAUUAUCACAAUUGAAUCUUGAUACCAAAUCAAUCCGACAAGGCUCUCAUUUGGGUAAUCAAGAAAACACAAGAUGUCUCGGCAACUAUUUAGUCAAAGGAGGGUACAAAGAGUUUGAAGAACUUGCAGCAUCAACAGCAGAGCCAAUAAUAGCAGAGCCUGAAAUUCAUGGUGGUAUUGAUCUUGAUGAUUCGUGUAGAUUUCUUCUGCUGAUGUCUCGUGGGCUAUACAAGUCAUUGGAAGAAGCUACGGGAACUGAUCAAGUUAAUAAAGAACUGGCUCUUAUGGCAGUCGAGCAGUUUCGUAUCCAGUCAACUUUAACUGGAGUUGCUCAAGCGGUGGUUGAUAAAGUGGUCAGAAUUCAUCAUGACGUGAAUAUGAGCAACUCGGAAAAUAUACCAAAGAGUGGUAAGCGCGAUGAUAUUACACUUCUAGUUCGUAAUUUUAAUUUCCCGCUGCCGAACGCAUUGAAGAGUCCGAGUGGUCAGUCCGUUCAUUUUAAUCCAAUCGUUCAAACUGCGAUUGCGGGCGUCCAAGAGGGUGAAUUUUACACAAGCAAUGUCUCAGAUAAUUUCAACCCCUCGACCAAUGAUACCACGUCGACGUCAGAAACUUCCUCGGUAAAUACUCGGCCGGAUAGGAAUGCUAAAAUAAAAGCUUAUGUUGAUUUUACUGAGUUCUUUGAAAAUGUUGAAAGACGUAGAAAAGACGGCACGCUACCUGAAGAUAUUGACUUUGGAUAGUUGAUAAUUUAUUUUUUUAUGAUACCAGCAUCGAUACUUAAAGCUUCAGUGUCUCUACAGCCAGUCGAAAGAAGGUGAUAUCAGUCAAUAGUAUUUGUUUCUGCUUAAUUAUAAAUUUCAAAUGACAAUUUAAUUGUUGAUGACAUCAUUGGUCGAAAAUUAACUUUUUUCUGACUGGCUGCUGACACUGAAAGUUCCAAUGCAGGUAAUCAUGAGAAAUCUAGUGUGAAACUCAGGAUAGAAUACAAUUUCAAACUGCGAGUGAUGUCAGCCGUCCCUUGUUACACAAUAUACUAUUUGAGCAUAAUGUACUUACAAAAAAAAACUUAAUCAAUUAAUUAUUAAACAAAUAAAUUAUUAAAUCAUGUAAAAAAGUAAACCUAC